CUCCUCCUCCUCAGCUCGACUAUCGGCGUCUGCUCUCGCUUCUUUCUUCUUCUCCCCUUUCCUCUGUAUUAUUGCCACAUACAGAUCUCCUCUUGCCGCCCAUACCAUCUCCUUAUUUCUCGGCCUCCUGUUUUGCAUCUCAUCGGUCGGUCGCAUUGGGCUCGCGUCGGCUUCUUGUGUAUAUCCUCUGCGCCGUUGCAUUUCUACAACUUCAAGCUUGCUUUGAUACGCCGCGGUCGAGCCCGUUGCGCCAGCGCUUCGUCAUAGCCUCGUCUUAUGUUCGCUCUGUAAAGCCGCCGUCUCCUUUUCGCCUCUACCGCCCACCACCUCCCAGGCUACUCAGCCUCGCCAACCCCGGGAGCUUGCGGCAGCAUGAGCGGGUUCAUCAAGCCGAUGGAAUACCAGCUGCCGAGCGACGGGUCGUCGAAAUGGAGUCAGCGGGCAAAGGCCUUUCUGGUCGUGUGCUCGCAUCGCAUGUGGCGGGGCGGCCCGCGGUCCAUACUGCAGAUCACCGCCGUUGCCUUUGUCCUCCUCAUGCUCUUCUUCUUCGUGCCGCUGCAAUUUGACGACCACUACCAGCAGAUUCUCAAUUGGUCUGCGCCCGACUCGGCCGCCUCGAGCGAUCUGCGCAUCGUGGUUUUUGGCUCGCAGGAUUUGCUGGGCAGUGCGCCCGACGCCGAGCAUACACAGACGUCGUGGCCGGAGCAUCUGUGCAAACAGCUCAACUGCCGCUCCGUGCUAUCAUUUGUGCCUCCGAUCGAUUCUCAGCCCGGCCUGACUUCCAAUAGCCUCUAUGGCACCGAGAUUCGAGCAUUGGAGAUGGUUAGCGAGCAAGUCAACCUUACAGAAAAGCCUGCUCUCGACAAUUUCUACAUCCCAAAGCAAUAUCCCGUACCUACAAAGACCCCCGACCUAGAAGCGCAGGUUCAAAGAUUUCUUACCAUGGCCCCUCCCAAGCUCCCGCCGCGUGAGACACUGUGGGUUUUCUCGUUUGGUACAUGGGAAACAUGGAACUUGGCUUCGCUUCCACGUGCCUCGGGCGAAAGGCUUAUCGACGAAUCGGUUACCAAUAUCUUUUCUCAAAUCGAACUGCUCUAUCGAAAAUCGCUGAAUCCCAAGUCUCCUGCCUUCUCUGAUUUCUGGUCCAAUGUUACCAAGGCUGAGGUCCAGGCUCUCACUCACCCCGAGCCCGAUAAAAAGCCCGACGAGCGCAGAAUGGAGAGCUUCCGAGUUGUCAUUCCACAGCUCUUCGACAUCACUCUCGUCCCAGGCUGGCAGAAUCGCCCUAUCCCUUCUCAACCGCAGUCGAGAGGCGUUCAGUUGCGCAACGCUGCAUAUCUCACCAAAAGGUGGAACACUCAAGUCUCUAAGCAGAUAGAGCAAUGGAGAAAAAAGGCCGACUCCAAGCCCGAGGGAAUCGAAGAUGAAGGCAUUGAAACAGCCGUGGCAGUCCCGACAAUGACAUCUCUGCUGCGCUACCUCCCGGAGGCACUUCAGCCUAAAGAGGCGGGUGCUACAGAGGGAAUUGCUGACGAAGAUGUCAUCUACGCGCCAUACCCACGACGACUGGGGCUGCAAUCCACUUUGGUUGCGAAUGUCCUGGAUGCCAUGACGGAAGAAGAAAUGCAGCGAUCAGGUCUCAAGGACAGCAAGGGUCGAGGCUCCAUGCCCGCAGAUGGCGCCAUGCGGUUCUUUGACGUCUGGACACCUUGUAUUGCUGACAACCGAGCCAUUACUGGCGUUGACACAUCUCACCCUAGCCAGGAAUGCGACGUUCCCAAUGACCACCUUUUCUACGACGGAUUUACUUUCGGAGAGCGAGCCAAAGAAGAAUUGGCAAAAAAGACGGCUGAACAGAUUAAAGACCAGCUUUUCGUAUGAUAGAGAAAUGGCUAUCUGCUUGUUUUCGCGGCUAAAUGAAGAGUUCAUUCAGUAUAUACUGGUUACUCUUUUUAAGGCGUGUGGGUUUAUGCACGGAGAAGGAAUGAUAUAAUACACUUUUGGUUGGGCAUGAUAUACUGCAUACAGGUUGGCGAAAGGCGUUUUUUCUUUUUUCUCUUUUUUUUAACUGGAUUUUUCAACGUUACACACAAAAACAAAAGGGAACGCAUUUAGCCCGGGAAUUGUCAGUGCGGGUGUCUGGAUUGGUUGUGCCUGGGAAUUCUCUGGAAUCUUGGAUAAGAAAUGAUGAUUCUUUUUUUUGUAUAGGAAAAUCAAGGAGCAGUCACAGGGUUUAUUGCGUAUUCGUAUAUGUGGAAUAUUUACUUAGAUAUACGGUAAACCUACAAGAUAAUACGGAGAACUCAGUACUAGUUUGUGAGACUGAGAUAUGUCUCUCUGUCUCGGUACAGCCAUGAAAGGAAUAUUAAC